CGGAACCUGCAUCCUUUUUGUUACCUUUCAUCAUCAAAGCUUUUCAACAAGAUUUUGCGGUGUCGUAGCCUCGCCGGAGCAAAAGGGAUAACUUCUGACUUUUUCCGGUGGUCUUCCGAUCUUCGUACAUAAUUAUGACAACGUCAAGGCGUCUUGCGGAUAAGAAGGUAGGGAGGUUCGAUAAGAACAUCACAAGGCGUGGAUCUGUUCCCGAAACAUCCACCAAAAAGGGCAAUAACUAUCCUGUUGGCCCUAUAAUGCUUGGUUUCUUUGUGUUUGUGGUCAUUGGAUCAUCUCUGUUUCAGAUAAUCAGGACAGCUACAAGUGGGGGAAUGGCUUAAUGAUCAAUAGGAUUAGGAUAUGCCACUAAUGGCUGCAUCUUCUACUUUGUAACUUUUACUUGUAGAGAAUCAUUAUUACUUGCAAAUCCAACUCUUUGAAAUCUAUGAAUUUGCUCUUUACCUUUUGUAGACAA